AAUAGGGUUUGUUCUAUUUAUGGGAUUAACAAUGACACACUUGAUUGAAGUCCCUCAAGUGUCGGAUCUCAUUGCAUUCUUUACCAGUUAUUUUCCUAUGAGUGGCGACCUCAAUGUUUCUCAUGAUCCUCAAGACCUCUUUAUGAGAACAACAUCAAAUAAUCUCAUCGAUUUGAAGCCGGAAUCGGAAUCAGACGUUACGCGCGUAACGCGGUGGCCGUUCUACGUAUUCUUAGCCGGCUCCAUGUUUUGCCUCCUUUCGAGCACCAUUUGCCACCUUUUUUCUUGCCACUCUCACCAUCUCAACUUGUCGUUGUUGCGGCUCGACUAUGCCGGGAUCACCGCCAUGAUCAUCACAUCAUUCUUCCCGCCGAUCUAUUACAUUUUUCAAUGCGAUCCGCAGUGGCACUUCGUCUACCUCGGUGGGAUCACAGUUCUAGGCUUGUUCACCAUCGCGACGCUGCUAUCGCCGGCCUUGUCGACCAAGAAAUUCCGAGGGUUCCGAGCUCUACUCUUUUCUUCCAUGGCACUCUUUGGCAUUAUCCCCGGUAUCCACGCCGCCGUCGUCAACUGGUCUAACCCGCGCAGCAAUGUCACGCUGGCUUACGAGCUGGCCAUGGCUAUGUUCUAUUUGACGGGGACCCUGUUCUACAUUAGCCGAAUCCCGGAGCGGUUCAAGCCGGGAUGGUUCGACUUAGCCGGCCACAGCCACCAAAUAUUCCACAUCCUGGUAGUGAUGGGUGCAUUGGCUCAUUAUGGCGCUUCUCUUGUAUUCCCGGACUGGCUCGAUCGCCAUAGCUGUUGAAUGAUCUUCAUUCAUAGCAGCUUCAUGCAAUAUAUUCGAAGAACUGUACUUGAAAUUUAUGUAUUCUUUUUCUUAAUUGUUUCAUUCGUUAGUGAAUUGAGGCAAGUUGAAGAAGAGCUUUCUUCACUCAAA